UGCGAGCUACGCGUUGUAUUCGAUGCUGCUGCAUAUUCUGUGUCUGUUUUUGAGCUUAGUUUCGUUUACUCAAGCAUCUGACUCUAUUGAGGAAGACCUUGAUCUUAGUGAGCCAACGAGAUGUGAAUUGUGUUUGUUGAUAAGCCAGGAGUUGGUCAUAGAGCUGGAUAAACAAAUUCGAUUGAACGCCCAGCUGAGCAGCCAAGAGCCGGAAACUAGCCGGAAAUCACACCUUGAUGCAUCCGUGCGGCAAGUCUGUGCGAACAUGUAUUCAUAUGAACUUCAGUCGGAAGACAAAGCAGCACUGAGAUACCAGAGGAAUACACAGAGAAACAUGGAACGAAUGGCAAACAUGUUAACGAACGUCGGCAAACAGAUGAACAAAAUGGGACUGCAAAAGGACAUCGAACGACUCAUCGAUCCAACGGGACACCUCAAAGUAUUAGCAACAAAGUGUCAAGAACUGCUUCGUGAGCUUGAGGAAGACAUCACAACCUGGUUUUUCUACUACCAAGAAAAUACAAAUCUGACUCAAUAUUUGUGCGCAGAGAGAGCCGUUAAGGACGACAGCAGCUGUCUAUCUCAUCGAAUCAUCGACGUCGAACAAGAAAAAAAUGUCAGGCUAAACAGCAACUUGUCUAGGUCGAAAAGCAAAGGCAAACGUAAACAACAAGAGAGGGACGAAGUGAAGCUGGAACACAUUGAACUGUGAUGGCGAUAGUGACCAUCGAAUUGUAGGCAGACUGUACAACAAAUGUAUGACAAACUAGAUAGCUGUAUGAAUCAGUAUCAAACGAGAAAAUGUGAAGCAGUCAAGUUUGCUUCGUCACCGAU